AUGGGCAACCCGGCCAAUAAAAUUAAGUUUGGAACUAUUGUGGAAAGGAGUACACUUCAUGGAUUCAAAAUACAACAGGCAACGCAGCUGAAAAUACAGCAGGGAAUGCAGCUGAACAUACAACAGGGAAUGCAGCUGAAAAUACAGCAGGGAAAGCAGCUGAAAAUACAACAGGGAACGCAGCUGAAAAUACAGCAGGGAAAGCAGCUGAAAAUACAACAGGGAACACAGCUGAAAAUACAGCAGGGAAAGCAGCUGAAAAUACAGCAGGGAAAGCAGCUGAAAAUAAAGCAGGGAACGCAGCUGAAAAUACAGCAGGGAAAGCAGCUGAAAAUCCCUGCAAGUUCUAUAUAUUACAAAAUGGCUAGAUCAUUGACUUAUUAUCAACAAAGAAAUAGACAGAAUGACUGGCUAGAAAUGAAUAAAAGGGAAGAAUUACUGUCUAUUGUUGACGAUGGAAACCUGCAGCAGUUUGUCAAGUUUAUCCAGACUUUGAAAUCUGAAGGAGUAGACUUGGUGGAAAUUUUGAGCGGCUGUAGUAAGAAACAGCUGGACAAGCUGUGGGAAGGAGUACAGCAAACAUGUGCUGUAACCAUGCUGAGUUUAGAGACUGGCGACGAUGGCAACGACGAUCGUCUAGAGCAGGAGAUGAUGAAGAUCCUGGAGGUGCUUCAGUGUGUUGUCGACUUAGCAUCAGCAGCUAUACAACAGGAGGAACCUCACAUCUCCCCAUGUUUAAAGUCAACAGCAGUACUUUUACUUGGUUUACUCUUGCCUAUGCCUGAGACUGCCGACAGACUUAAGAAUGACAUCUGUGUGUUGUGUGAGAAUUGGUGGCAAAAGAAACUGUUUGGAAAGGAGGACCUAAUAACCAAUGCCCUCCUCUACCUGUUACAGCGCAGCCUUAAUCUUCAAACCAAAAAAGAACUUAAACGAUUAUGGUCUUUACAUAGUGCCCUGUCACUCAUCAAUAUAUCCGACGCCAGCAGUGAUAUGCUUCGUGACCUAUUGUGUCAGUGUGUUAUCAGCACAUCUUUUGUGAAAUAUGAUGAGGGGGUUCGUUUCCUUGGCUGUGUUAUGAGUCUGGACCCGAACUUGACAGAUUGUUUACACAAGAUCAUCAAGAAUCACAUGCCAAUAUCAAACAGGAAUAUAAUGGAAAGAUAUGGAGAAAUCUACUUCAGAGCCUGGCAAACAGCCACUGGUGCUGUGUUAGAGAAGUUGGAAUCUGCCAUACAAAAUUUUAUGGAUCAUGCUGUUCAUGCUAGGAAGUGUUUAGCACCUGGCCUGCGAUGUUUUCUUAGCUACUUCCACAAGCAGAGGAAAUACAGUGGUGUAGACAGUAUGCUGUUGAGGUUGUACGGCCCACUGUUGUGGCGGUCACUCAAGGUAGCUAACUGCCAUGUCAGGGAAAAUGCAGCCAUGUUGUUGCUGGACUCGUUUCCGCUUCAAGAUCAGGAUCUGUGUAUUGAAGAACUUGACCAGCUCCUACAGAAACAAUUUGACAUUUUCCAGGCACUGCUGGAAGACACCUACUCAAGUAUUCGCUCUGUCACUGUCCGGAAGCUGAGUAAGAUCUUAAGCACCUUCUGCGAAUUCAUCCCUGUAGAAACCAUCAAAAAUCUUGUCACCAAAAUGAUGCAGGAUCUGGUUUGGGAUGCCUCGUCUGCCGAUGUUAGAGCUAGCGUUAUACUGAGUAUGAUGAACUUGCUUGACAAUCAGAUGUUCAUUCCCAUGCUGAAGCCAGUGUUGCCCCAGCUAUGUAACCACAUCCAUGACACAUCUGAGAAGGUCCGUGUUGCUAUGAUAGAUCUUCUUCUCAAGGUCAAAGGCAUCAGAGCCAUCAAGUAUUGGGAUAUUGUCCCUAUGGAACAUGUCUUAGCCCGUCUGGAGAUCGACUCCCAUCCUGUCGUCCGCCGUAUCAUGAAGCUACUCCAAAGUACAUUCAUGCCCCUAGACAAACCAAAGAGUGUCCAGCUUGACCGCUGUAUUGCCCUGAUAGAAUCCAGCCGAGGGGCAGCCAGACAGUUCUUCCACCAUGCUCCAGCCCAGAUGUCCGUUGAGGACACGGCCACCUAUAUGAUUUCCAUUGUCGCUUGUAUCCUACGAUGUAUAAAAGCAGAAAAGUCAAAGCGUGAAGAAGGAGAAAACUCCGAACAGGAAGGGGUAGACAAAUCUACGAGCCAGGAUGGAGCAUCAGAAAAGAUUGAAGACGAGGAGGAAGAGGAGGACGAAACUUUGACAAUACAUAACACAGAAGUGAUGGCAGGAUUGGUGGAAGCUGUAGUGAUACUCUGGUCUGUCAUAAACAACGAUCUUAAAAAGCGACAGAACCAUGCCAUUGAGGAGAACCUACAAACAAAGAUCAGCAUUGGUGUUACAGAAAUGAUGAAGUUCUUUGAUGACCCUCAGGUGUGUUCUGCCCUCAUUAACCUGGCUGGCUUUGUUCCUUAUAACUCAGUCCCCACCAUCAGUCGUACAUGCCUAUCCAAACUGAAGAAGAUGUCUGUAGAGAGUGUCACAGAAGAUUACAGCUCUUAUCUAGAUGCUCUUUGUAAAUGGGACAAAGUGGUGAACAUUCUGGACCUGGUGGACGAGUGGCUAACUGAAGGACUUCAGCAGGGAAAUAACUCCUUACAGACACCUACUGCAAAGGUGGGGAAAAAGCGCCAGAAGAGUGUUGGCUUUGUAGUUCCUCAGGAAGCAGUACCAACACUUGGCAUAGACUAUGUGACUUACAUGUUACGUAGCCCGAUAUGUCGUCCUAUCCUCACCAGUCACAUCAACGAACUCACACAACUCCAGGCUAAACUGAGGACAGCUAUGAAGUGUGUGGAGCGGAGCCUGAUAUCAGAAGCUGAUGCUGUGCCUGAUCACCUGUUAACGGCCAGCUUCAGUCUCUACUGUAAACUAGCUGGUAUUCUUCAUCAAUCGAAUACCAAGCAUGAUGCCAAUACCACAUUUGGGGAGUUAUUUUCUUGGGCAGAUGUAUAUCUCCUACCCAACCUUGGCCAAGGAGAAAAACUGGCUGACACUACAUCUAGGAAACGUACUCUACUUUCUUUGACAGAAACAUUUCUUCUUCCGAGCCCAGACCCACAGGACAAACAAACAGAAGUGUCCAGGAAGCGUCCUUUAAAUCAGGCUGGACAAAAUUCAGUGACGCUGGCAACUUCUGUUUUAGAGAUGAUUCUGGCUGCAGGGGGUGAUCUCCUCUUAAUAGGUGUCGGAGACACAAGUUUUGCUGUACUGCUAGCCAACUUCUGUGUUCUGUGUCUACAGAGAGAUGAGUCUCUGAGUUCCUUAUCUUCUGUCAUGAACUGUCUGUGUAGUGUUACCGCCCACAUCCUCCUCCAAGGUAAAGAUUCCCAUCGUAACAGUAUCGCUGCCUAUCUGGGAAAAGUCUUUGUUGCCAUAGCGACUGCCUUAUUGAGGGAGAAAGAUCAUGUUGUUAAGAUAUUGCCUGGAGUACGAAACCAUUUAAUGGAAAUUUUCAGCCUGGUAUACGGAAGCCCACUGAUGGACGAGUCUACUCUUCGUGAGAUUAUGGCCACAGUUAUUGGGGCCCUGUUCGGGGAACUUGUCCAUGCAAGUCAGCAGUUUGAUUUGGAAGAAAUUAGUGGAGAUCUUACACUGUUACCUCCCUUGUCUGGUUGGCUGUGUGAUUCAGUGUGCAAGAAAAACUAUAUAGCUAAACAUUUCAUCGGAGAGUUGACCAAGUGUGUGGAGUCUGAAGCUGUAAAUGACCUACACAGUGUGCAUGGUGCCAUCCACUUGUUAGGGUCUGUCGCAAAUUAUGUGACAUUAGCACAUAUAGGGCCUAAAUGCCUGCGGGGUAUGAGGAGUCCAUUGAGAUACUACCAGAUAGGGCCAAAAUGCCUGCGAGGCAUGAGGAGUCCAUUGAGAUACUACCAGAUAGGGCCAAAAUGCCUGCGGGACAUGAGGAGUCCAUUGAGAUACUACCAGAUAGGGCCUAAAUGCCUGCGGGCAUAA